CCAGUGACCAGUGAGUGGGCCCAGCAGCAGCAGUGAGUUCAGUAGGCAGAUACAAGCAGGAAAUAUAACAGGAUGGUGGGAAUUUUUAUUGCCCAUUAUUUCAAUGAAAUUUCAUUUUGGAAUUUUUGUAUUAAAUAAAGUAUUUGCGUAUCCUUUCAAUGGUUUUAACGAUGGAACUUAAUGAGCAAAUAAUAAAAACUUGGUUAGAUGCAAUCAAUGAGUGGACAAGUGUUGGUUUAACAGGAAAAUAUAUUGUUGAUAUGACAACAGCAGCAGAGGAUUUGAGACACUUGCUCUCUGAGUUGAAGAAAGUCCUAAUUAAAUUGGAGCCAAGAGAGGUUCUUAGCCGGUUUCCAAGUGUUCCGAAAUUCCUGCAUGCUCUGCUAAGCAAUGUGAUGGUACAGACUACAGAGGAUCUUCACCGCCUUGUUUUACAAUGUGUCUCGGCUGUGGCUGUUUCUUUUCAACAACACGGCGAUGAAAUACACGAGAAAUCCAUUAAGUGGGUGAAGUCGCAGAUUAAAUCAGUGUGUCAGUCCUAUCCUGCCGUUAUCAACUCAUCUGUAAACAUAGCAGAACAUUUUGGACUACAGCCAGUCGACAUUACAGGGCAGCUUAACAACGAGUUAGUUACCUCCUUAGUGGAAGAUCUUAGUAAUGCUGCAUAUUGUCAUGGAUGGAGUGAUUUACACAGGCAAUUUAUUCCACGAUACCCGAUAAGAGGAAACACGUUGAGAAGCAUUUCAGAGAUGUGUUUGCCCAUUUUAACAAAACCGGUUGUUCGUCCUUUGGUCGAGGCACUUCUUUGCUGCGAAGCCGCAACAGAUGUCAUAACCAACAGCACAAAAGACGUCACCACUGAUCAAGCCCUCUCUCCGCACUUCCUAAACGCACUGAAGGAUAAUCCUAAGGACUGUUAUUUAGGUCUGUCACAAGGUAUCCCACUCACCUAUGAUGCAAGGGUUAGUUUGUGGUUGCACGAUCACUUAUACUUUGAAGAGGAGAUUAUUUCUCUACUGGAAAUUUGUUGUUUUGAACGGAAAUACAUGUCGCGUGAAGAAAUGAGGAAAGUCGUCUCUUUAAGAGAAGUGCCGAAAGCUUUGGGCGAGAUAACUUCACUCUUUUCAGUAACAUAUCAAAUAAUACUGCGAGUGAUUUAUGAGACGAGUGGAGAUCUCUACGUCUUGAAAUUUGUUGGGCUUCUCUUUCAACUGAUGUCUAAAAAUCAACAACAAAAGUAUAAGACUCCGUUUGCUGAAACGUUUAAAAUCAAUUAUGCCAACAUAUGGAGUGUCGAAAUGUCAAAUUUUGUCAAUCUGCUAACCGUCGAUUGGGCUGAUAUGGCAGCGAAACGUUUUUUUCAUCAUGCCGAAAAUGUUAAAGAUCGCAUAAAUGAAAUUUGUUGGAGGACAGAGUCACCAGGGUGUCAACUCUAUUAUAUAUGGUUGAUUUUACAAGGAUUUCAAAAUUUAUCACAGAGAUGUUGUUGGGUUGUCCUCUUUGCUGAUCAACAGUUUGUAGGAACAUGUUUAACAAUUCUUUCCUGUUGUCAUGGAGGUGGAACAGCGUUUGACGAUAAAGCCAAGAUGAAAUUGAAUAAUUCUGUGGAUAUCUUACGCCGUCUGAGAAACAAGAAUGAAAUUAUGACUAGUGAUAUAUUGUGUGUUCUGGACGGCAUCGUAGACCCCACUAACUGCAGACCAAAUGUUGCGAUCAUAAUACGUUACCUUGUAACGUUGUUUAUGUUAAUCAGCUGUUCUUUAAACAACCUGGACAUUCAGGCGAUCAUCUUCAAGUUGUCCGUGGAUCUUUCCUUGCCGAAUGCAUUUGACCAAUUAUUAGAUGUCGUAGAAGAGACCAUUCGCUUUCAGAAAUGCGCACAAUCCUGGAUCUCUGUGAACUUUCGACUUGAUGCAUUGUUGAUCAACAGCUUUAUACUUCUCGACGCGAUCCGCACGAAUUUUGAUGAGUACGUCCGUCAGCACUCAGAGAAGGACACACAAAAUGAAAUUGGUAUGGUAAAUGAUAUUCGCUCGAGGUACGACACCUUGUAUGAAAUAUUACGAGUAGAAAAAGGGUAAAUGUGAGACGUUUUUUCUUAAACAUUUUCCGUUGUUACCAUACAUGCUUGCGUUCGUAAGUAAAAAAUGAAUGGAAGUUCAUAAAGUUAUGAACAAUGAACAAAGAGAAACUUCAGAGGAACUUAUCAUAAUAUAAAUAAAAGAAAUGUAUAAGAUGUAUAAAAAUCUAAUAAAAGGUGUUUCACUGCAGUAUAAACCUCUAACCUCUAGCU